AUGGCGAAGGCUGGGGCGUUUUCAGCUGGAACGGUACCUACGUGCUGCCGUGUUGGCCUUGAGUCGCUGGUGCUGGCUUCUGCUGGUAGUUUGGAGUUGGAGGUGUUGCUGGAGUUCUUUAGCGAAUUUUGCGCAGUGUGGAGCUUUCCAGAUCUGUGCCAUGAAGGCAUUGACUUCUUGGCUCGCCUCUCGCUGAUGGUAUAUGAAGCUGGGUAUCGCAUGACACUUGGGGAUUCGCAAGCAGGCCGAAUGCUUGCUAUCAGCUAUUUCCUUCAAUACCUGCAGUGGGGAUACCGGCAGGAGACUACGGGCCGAAGAGAGGUUUUAGACUUUGCUCAGCAAACUCUUACCCAUGCUUGGACCUGA